CUCGUCUCCGCGGCCAUGUCUGGACCCGGCAACAAACGCGCCGCCGGCGACGGGGGCUCAGGGCCCCCAGAGAAGAAGCUGAGCCGUGAAGAGAAGACCACAACCACGCUCAUAGAGCCCAUUCGUCUUGGGGGCAUCUCUUCCACGGAGGAGAUGGACCUGAAGGUUCUGCAGUUCAAGAACAAGAAACUAGCAGAGCGGUUGGAACAGCGACAGGCUUGUGAAGAUGAACUCCGAGAACGAAUUGAGAAGCUGGAGAAGCGGCAGGCCACAGACGAUGCCACACUUCUCAUUGUCAAUCGCUACUGGGCCCAGCUGGAUGAAACCGUGGAAGCUCUUCUCCGACACCAUGAGAGCCAGGGGGAACUGUCUUCAGGGACAGAGGCGCCUGGGACCCAGGAGGGACCGACACGUGAUGAGACCCCUGUCACAGAGCCAGGGACAUCGGAGCUGAGGGAGCCUCUGCCGGUGCAGCCGCGGCCCCCUCUCAGUGAGCCAGCCUUGGCUUUUGUGGUAGCACUGGGCGCCAGCAGCAGUGAGGAGGUGGAGCUCCAGCUGCAGGGCCGGAUGGAGUUCUCCAAGGCAGCUGUGUCCCGGGUCGUAGAGGCCUCAGACCGCCUACAACGCCGGGUGGAGGAACUCUGUCAGCGAGUAUAUAGCCGAGGGGACAGCGAGCCCCCCAGUGAGGUGGCUCGGGCGCGCACCCGGGAGCUGGGUCGUGAGAACCGGCGACUGCAGGACUUGGCCACCCAGCUACAGGAGAAGCACCACCGCAUCUCAUUGGAGUAUUCUGAGCUCCAGGAUAAAGUGACGUCAGCAGAGACCAAGGUGCUAGAGAUGGAGACGACGGUGGAGGACCUGCAGUGGGACAUCGAGAAGCUGCGCAAGCGUGAGCAGAAACUCAAUAAGCACCUGGCGGAGGCCUUGGAGCAGCUCAACUCUGGCUACUAUGUGUCUGGGAGCUCCUCAGGUUUCCAGGGGGGCCAGAUCACACUCAGCAUGCAGAAGUUUGAGAUGCUGAAUGCAGAGUUGGAAGAAAACCAGGAAUUGGCCAACAGCCGAAUGGCAGAGCUGGAGAAGCUACAGGCCGAGCUUCAGGGGGCUGUGCGGACCAAUGAGCGCCUCAAGGUAGCCCUGCGGAGCCUUCCUGAGGAGGUGGUGCGGGAAACGGGGGAGUACCGGAUGUUGCAGGCUCAGUUCUCACUGCUCUAUAAUGAGUCUCUGCAAGUGAAGACCCAGCUUGAUGAGGCCCGGGGUCUGCUGCUGGCUACCAAGAAUUCCCACCUGAGACACAUUGAGCACAUGGAGAGCGAUGAGCUGGGGCUACAGAAGAAGCUGCGCACAGAGGUUAUCCAGCUGGAGGACACGCUGGCCCAGGUACGCAAGGAGUACGAGAUGCUGCGCAUCGAGUUUGAACAGAACCUGGCGGCCAACGAGCAGGCGGGGCCCAUCAACCGUGAGAUGCGCCACCUGAUCAGCAGCCUCCAAAACCACAACCACCAGCUAAAGGGGGAUGCCCAGCGAUACAAGCGGAAGCUGCGGGAAGUGCAGGCUGAGAUUGGCAAGCUCCGGGCCCAGGCCAGUGGCUCAACCCACUCCAUUCCGAACCUGGGCCACCCAGAGGACUCUGGCCUCAGUGCCCCAACCCCAGGGAAAGAAGAGGGUGGGCCAGGCCCUGUCAGUGCCCCUGACAGCAGAAAGGAGGUGGCUUCAGUGCCUGGUGCCACCACUGCUGCCUCCUCAGCAAAGAAAGAGGAGCUGGCCCCCUCUGAGGAAGAUUCCCAGGCCUUAACUCCUGGGUCCCAGGGCCCCUCCUCCCGGAGCCGAGAACCUGAGGCCAGGCCCAAGCGGGAGCUUCGGGAGCGGGAAGGGCCUGGCCUGGGACCCCCAUCUGUAGCCUCAGCUCUCUCAAGAGCUGAUCGGGAGAAGGCCAAGGUGGAGGAGGCCAAGAGGAAGGAGUCAGAACUCCUUAAAGGUCUCCGAGCAGAGCUCAAGAAGGCCCAGGAAAGCCAGAAGGAGAUGAAGCUGCUGCUGGACAUGUACAAGUCAGCACCCAAGGAACAGCGGGAUAAGGUGCAGCUCAUGGCAGCCGAACGCAAGGCCAAGGCUGAGGUCGAUGAACUACGAGGCCGCAUUCGGGAAUUGGAGGAGAGGGACCGAAGAGAGAGCAAGAAAAUUGCUGAUGAGGACGCCCUGCGGCGCAUUCGGCAAGCCGAGGAACAGAUCGAACACCUGCAGCGCAAGUUGGGUGCUACCAAGCAGGAAGAAGAGGCUUUGCUGUCGGAGAUGGAUGUGACGGGUCAGGCUUUUGAGGACAUGCAGGAACAAAAUGGGAGGCUGCUACAGCAGUUACGGGAGAAGGAUGAUGCCAACUUUAAGUUGAUGUCAGAACGGAUCAAGGCCAACCAGAUUCACAAGCUACUGCGGGAGGAGAAGGAUGAGCUGGGCGAGCAAGUUCUUGGCCUCAAGUCCCAGGUGGAUGCCCAGCUGCUGACCGUGCAGAAGCUGGAGGAAAAAGAGCGGGCCUUGCAGGGCAGCCUCGGGGGUGUAGAGAAGGAGCUGACGCUGCGCAGCCAGGCCCUGGAGCUCAACAAAAGGAAGGCUGUGGAAGCAGCCCAGCUGGCCGAGGACCUAAAGGUGCAGCUGGAGCACGUACAGACGCGGCUGCGAGAGAUCCAGCCUUGCCUGGCAGAGAGCCGGGCCGCUCGCGAGAAAGAGAGCUUCAACCUCAAGAGGGCUCAGGAGGACAUCUCCCGACUGCGGCGCAAGUUGGAGAAGCAGAGGAAGGUGGAGGUUUACGCAGAUGCCGAUGAAAUUCUCCAGGAGGAGAUCAAGGAAUACAAGGCGCGGUUGACCUGCCCCUGCUGUAACACCCGCAAGAAGGAUGCAGUCCUUACCAAGUGCUUCCACGUUUUCUGCUUCGAGUGCGUGCGGGGCCGCUAUGAGGCCCGCCAGAGGAAGUGCCCCAAGUGCAACGCAGCCUUUGGUGCCCACGACUUCCACCGUGUCUACAUCAGCUGA